AUGUUCUUCAAUAUAUUUAUGACACCCAUCAUUUGGUUCAAUCUUCUACUAUGCAUCGCUUCUGAUAAUGAAACUUUCCAUCUACCUAAUUUCGACACUGCUAAUGAAGUUAUUACAAAUAAUACUUAUUCUGGCAUCUCAGAUACCUUUGGAUUUCUCGAUUACCUCAAUUUCGAGCCAUUGUUUAGCUCAGAAUUUCCAUCCGAUCCUUCACAGUUCAUUGAUUUCGCUCAGUUUAGUGAAACUGAGGAUGUAGGAAGUGAAGAAUCGAAAUCUGAAACUAAUCAGAUCACAAAUUCUCCUCAUCCUGGUUUCUCCGAUAUCUAUGAUCCCUUCGGCCACACUAAUUUGGAGUUAUCACUUAGCUCAGAUAUGGACUCAUAUAGGAGUUUCUGGAGAGAUGCUAAUGAAGAAUUAAAAAUGAGUAAUGAUAACCUGCGAUAUCCUUCCAUUAGAGAUGCUCAGAAUGAAACUUCUUCCUCACUUAAUCUCAACAGCGAUGAUAUUAUCACAUAUGUGCACUUACCUGGCUCACAACAAAAUGCCGUUCCGAUUUAUUUUCACCAGCUUACUCUUUCCUCAGAUGACACUUCCAGUCAAAGUGCAACUGCUGAACAGAGCAACAUCGACAAUAAGUACUCAGAUUACUUGAAUAUCCUCGAUUACAAGGAAAAUACCUAUAAAGAACCAGGAACAGGUGGAAAAAGCUACGAAUGUCUUUAUCCCGGGUGUGCUGUGAUCCCGAAAAGUCGUAACGAAUAUGUGACACAUAGAAAAACACACAGUCAGCCCUUCAUCUAUGAAUGCAGAGCGCCCGGUUGUGGGCGAACAUUCGACCAUAGAUCAUCAUUUUGCAACCAUAAACAAACGCAUGAACCUCAUCCUCAGUGUGGGCGCUGUGGCAAACUUUUCGUUAGCAGGAAUGGACUGAAUUAUCAUAAGAAGUGCUACCCUACAAAAUCUCAUGAACGAUGCUAUGAAUGCCUUUAUCCCGGAUGUGCUAUGGUCACGAAAAGUUACAAGGAAUAUAUAGCACAUAGGAAAGCACACGGUCAACCCUUCAUCUUUCAAUGCAAAGUGACUGGUUGUGAGCGAAUAUUCAACAGUGAAUCGUCAUUUCAGAAACACAAGCAAACGCAUGAACCUCAUCCCCAGUGCGAGGAUUGUGGCAAAUUCUUCACCACCAGGAAUGGACUGCAAAAACAUAAAAAGAUCUGCCAAACAAAAUCUCGCGGAAAAAACUACGAAUGUCUCAACCCCGGAUGUGCUAUGGUAACGAAAAGUCGCAAAGAAUUUAUAACACAUAAAAAAACACACGGUUUGCCCUACAUUUAUGAGUGCAGAGCGCCCGGUUGUGGACGAAUAUUUGACCAUGAUUCAUCAUUUUACAAUCACAUACAGACGCAUGAACCUCGUCCUCAGUGCGAGCGAUGUGGCAAAUUCUUCACCAACAGGAAUGGACUGCAAAACCACAAAAAGAUCUGCCAAACAAAAUCUCGUUAG